CCAAUGGGUUGCCAUAGCAGGCGCGAUUAGAGAGUCAGUGCUGACUGUGGCGUCGCAAGCUGCGUCGACGGCUUGCUGAAAAUUAAUUUUCGCAUGCGGCGCCGCGCCUGAGCAUGCGGCCCUCGGCGGGCCUCGCGCUCCUCCUGUUGCUGGCCGCCGUCGGGCGGCCGACGGCCACCUUCACGUCCAACUUGUUGGAGCCGGUGCAGCGCUCGUGCGAGCCCAUCAGGGUCGAGUUGUGCGCCGGCAUCGGCUACAACAUCACCGGCUACCCUAACCUGGUCGGCCACGAGCUGCAGGCCGACGCCGAAAUCACCCUGCGCACCUUCGGACCCUUGAUUCAGUACGGCUGCUCCACCAGACUGCUCUUCUUCCUCUGCUCCGUUUACGUUCCCAUGUGCACGGAGAAGGUCCUCCAACCGAUUGGGCCGUGCCGAAAACUGUGCGAAUCGGUGCGUUCGCGAUGCUACCCCGUCCUCCAAAGUUUUGGGCUUCCGUGGCCGGCAGGGCUGCAGUGUAACAAAUUUCCAAAGGAGAACAACCAUGAGCAGAUGUGCAUGGACGGUCCGAAUGACCCGGAGAGCGAAUUGGACACCUUUGAAGAUGCGACCACGCUGCCUCCGCCGACUCCUCGCACAUCGACCCAGCUUCUAACCCCACCAGGGUGCGGACACCUCGCGCGGCGGGACGCUUACGUCUACAUUAAUAGAACUGUGCCUUAUUGUGCGGCCAGGUGCGAAGCUGAAGUUUUGUUUAGCAAGCAUGACAAGCGCUUGGCCGAGGUGUGGCUAAGCAUUUGGGCCGGACUGUGUUUCGUUUCGACGCUGGUCACUGUUCUGACGUUUUUGGUGGACAGCGCCCGCUUCCGAUACCCAGAGCGACCGGCCCUUUUCUUAGCCCUGUGCUACAACUUGGCCAGCGUCGGUUGGGGUGUGCGGGCGGCCGCCGGGAGGACAGCCGUGGCUUGCGAAUCGGUGCCGCACCCUUCGUCGGCAGGCUAUUUGUCUGUGUCGGUGCUGCUGUCCCACGACGGUUUGAGCAACGCCAACUGUGCUGUGGUGUUCCUGCUCCUUUACUACUUCGGCAUGGCAGCGUUAGUUUGGUGGGUGAUCCUUUGCAUAAGUUGGUUCUUGUGCGCGGCCCGUCGCAUCUCUCAUGAGGUGUUGGCUCGGUACUCGUCCAGUAGCCACUUGAUUGCGUGGGGUGUUCCUGCUGCCCAGACGGUGGCCGUUUUGGCCUUCAAAUUCGUUGACGCUGAUGAGCUCACAGGCGCGUGCUAUGUAGGCAGUCAGAAUAGCAGAGCAUUGCUGAUUUUUGUUCUGCUGCCUCAUUGCAUCUUCUUGUGCCUGGCCCUCAGUUUCCUAAUCCUAGGAAUGGUGAUGAUGCCUAAAUCAAAAUCGCAAGUUGUGCGCCCAUCGACGGUCUACGUCCCGAACGGGGGCCGCGGCCGCCUCCAGCCAGCAGCUAAGGGGCGCGAAUUAGCGCAACAGGAGGCGCUUAUGGUGCGUGUUGGAGUUUUGUGCUUUUUGUGCGCCGUGCCGCAAUUGUGCGUUGUGGCCACUCUGGUCUACGAGUUCCUGUCCAGAGAAGCGUGGCUCAAAAAUAGAGCUAUGCCUAGUCUAUGGGUCUUCAUGGUGCGGCUCUUCAUGUCGCUGGCUGCGGGAGUAGCCGCCAUCAUUUGGGUCUGGUCUGCUAGGACGCUGAAGUGCUGGCACCAAUUCAUGCAGCACUUGACAAGAACUCCUCGAAAAGUGGAACAGCAGCAUGCAAUGCCUCUGAAGCAGCUGAACAAAAAGGCGAGCAGUAGUGAUGUGUCAGGCCGCUACCUGAUAGCCAUGCAGCAACAAACGCUAAUUGUGCACCAGCAACCUUUGCUGGCUGCUGGCAGUCAGUCGACUAUGGUGGCCGCAUCAAAUGCACCAUCUUCCCAGGCUCAGACCAGCAGUCAGUCUGGCAGCAAGUUCCACCACACGCACACCCACUUCCAUCAUCACCAUCACCACCCUCGGAGGCACAAGAACAGAGAGGGACCACCUUCCCUCAUUCAUAGUCCAGCAAUCAUUGACAGUGAAACAAUUUUGUGAUUACAUUAGAAAGUUAUGGCUUUUUAAAAUAUGUGCGGGAGACAUUUCUAUAUAAGUAUGCGGUUGUGCUAAUUAAUUUUGAUCUGCUGCUUAUAUUGUGUGAAUAUUGAUAAGUAGCCAGCAACCAUGAAACGUUUUUUAACAUUGUCAGUUAUAAUGUUUGUUAUAUUUAAUGUAAGAACAUUUGUGAAUCUUGGAGUGCCAAAAAGCAAGAAGAGAUAUAAAAUUGUAGAAAAGUCAAAGGGUAUUCUCAGUAUUUUUAGUCAAAUAAUUUUAAAAUUUUGUAGCAGUAAUACAUUGCUUUGUGCUUUUUAAAUUAAUUGCGAGUUGUUACGGAAAAUAAUGAGAUGUACUUUUUUUUUAUUGAGAAGCUAAAACCAUGACAGAAGCCAAUUUAAAAAAAAAUGGGAUAGUAAAAAAUCAAUUAAUUUUCAUCGUCUCACUGUUUCAACAAUAAUUUUACUUCUCCCUAUUAAAUCUUAUUAUUAUUAUGAAGUCAUAUAAUUCUUUCUUUGUCUUUAAAAUUGCACCUGGGUUAUCUCAAUUUUCAAAUUAACUUUUUUUACUCAAAAUUUAAUCGCUAAUUGUAAGUUGAGUGUAACCAAUAUCACCCUGUUCAACCAAAUCGAAAUCUUUGAAUGCGAUUUUAUUUCAGUACUCAGUAGUCUUGUGCUGUGCUACCUCUAAAAAAUGUGUAUCGAGGCAGCAAGCAGUGUGUUCUGAAGCAUCUUAAGGGUAUAAGAUUUCACAAUUAACAAAUAAUAUUUUACAGAUUACUGUCCGAAAUUGACAAUUCUGUCUCAAUUACUAUUUAACCAUCAAAGAAAAUUGUACUUAAUUUUAUUUAGGAGAAUGUUAAAUUAAAUAGUUUACUUCCCAUUAAGCAAGGUCUUAUUAUUAACCACAAAUUUAUUCAGUUUUCUUGGGGCGAAUUUUCUUCGCUGGCAAAGGUCUCUGGGACUUGAGCACAGCACUUGCCCUCCUCAACGCAGCCUAAGGAGAAAAUUCUUUCUUUAACUUAUUCAACAAUAGAAUCAAGGUUAUUACCUUAGUCAGGUCUUUCCUGUAUCCAUUCUUCAAAAUAAAUUUGCGGAGCUUGUACAGAGACCGCCUAGGACCAGCCUUCAUUGUGGUUUUGUUGGUCAGCUUAGCCAGCCUAUGCUAUAAUGAGAUGAAUUUGUUAAAAAUUCAUUUC